GGACCCGAUUCUAUUAUCGGAAACUCCAGUGCGGCGGAGCUCUAAAAAUGGAGUCCCUCUUCCGCUACAUAAACAGGACCGCAGACAGGUCUUACGGCACUGGGGUAACGGGGAACAAGAGGUCUUCUUCUUCUUCUUAAUCAAUCGAUCGAAUUCAUUGCUGUCGGAUUUGAUCGAGGUUGAAAUGGGGCGGGAUAAUGUGGAGACGAACGGGGAGCGGCAUAAGGUUCUUGAUGAUUGGCUUCCGAUUACCUCGUCGAGGAAUGCUAAAUGGUGGUACUCGGCUUUUCACAAUGUGACGGCUAUGGUGGGGGCUGGUGUUUUCAGCUUGCCCUUUGCGAUGUCGCAUCUUGGAUGGGGUCCUGGAAUCACCGUGCUAAUUCUGUCAUGGGUGAUCACCCUCUACACUCUGUGGCAAAUGGUAGAGAUGCAUGAAAUGCCCGAUAGCGUGCCGGGAAAACGUUUCGACCGUUACCAUGAGCUUGGACAGCAUGCUUUCGGUGACAAACUCGGGCUUUGGAUAGUUGUUCCCCAGCAGCUUAUAGUCGAAGUUGGGGUUGAUAUUGUUUACAUGGUCACCGGUGGCAAAUCACUAAAAAAGUUCCAUGAGCUUGUGUGCCCAGGCUGCAGUCACAUUAAGCUAUCUUACUUUAUCAUGAUAUUCGCUUCUGUUCACUUUGUUCUUGCCCAGCUUCCUAACUUCAACUCAAUUUCCGGUGUCUCCUUGGCCGCUGCCGUCAUGUCUCUCAGCUAUUCAACGGUUGCUUGGGCUGCAUCUGGAGCGAAAGGCUUGCAGCCAGAAGUGGACUAUAGCUUGACUGGCAAGAACACUACUGAAAACGUUUUCAAUUUUUUUACUGCGUUGGGAGAUGUUGCUUUUGCCUAUGCAGGGCACAAUGUUGUACUAGAGAUCCAAGCAACCAUCCCUUCCUCACCUGAAAGGCUAUCCAAAAAGCCUAUGUGGAAGGGUGUCAUUGUUGCCUAUAUUAUUGUUGCAAUCUGCUACUUCCCAGUUGCUUUAGUUGGGUAUUAUAUCUUCGGUAAUUCCGUCGAUGACAACAUUCUUAUCACCCUUGAGAAGCCCAGGUGGCUGAUUGCUGCGGCGAAUAUGUUUGUUGUGAUCCAUGUUGUGGGGAGCUAUCAGAUUUUUGCCAUGCCUGUGUUUGAUAUGAUCGAAACAGUUCUGGUAAAGAAACUUCAUUUCCCACCAGGCUUGACUCUCCGCUUGAUUGCUAGGAGUGUCUAUGUUGCUCUUACCAUGAUUAUUGCAAUCUGCGUCCCCUUCUUUGGUGGCUUGCUUGGGUUCUUUGGAGGAUUUGCCUUUGCCCCAACUACAUAUUUUCUCCCUUGCAUCAUGUGGCUCGCCAUCAAGAGGCCUAAAAAAUUUGGCAUAUCCUGGUUCAUCAACUGGAUCUGCAUCAUUCUGGGAGUAAUGCUGAUGGUUCUAGCUCCAAUUGGAGGGCUCAGAUCAAUCAUCCUCAGUGCCAGAAAGUACAAGUUCUUCUCUUGACCUCCCCCUCCAUCAAACUCAUAGCAAUAUUAUUACGCAUGGUUCUUCCUACGCGUCGCCUUUGCGUAUUCCAACCUACUCAUCUGUAUAAUAAACCACAAGUACGCUACGCCAAGUUGUUUAAGUUGUCUCUUAAUAAUCAUCCACUAGGAGUGCCAUUGCUAGCCAAGCUGCAUAGCCUAGUUAUGUUUCCUCAUUUAUUUGUGUUCAUUAGGCCAUUUUUUAUACCGUGGUUAAUGUUAGGGGCUCUCAGGCUCACUGAAGCAAUUUUAAGUUGGUAUAAAAACUUUUAUUCUACUUUAAAGAUGGCAUAGUCAUGCAUGUAAUUAAGAUAACAUGAUUGUUUUCAUCUUUUAAGUAUGUGUGUCGUAUGUUAUUGGAUCUAUUCUGCAUUUUUUAUCUGGUUGUAGUACUUUCAAUAGUAAUUUCAGAUGUUCUCUCUGGUGGGUCAUGUUUUUCUUUUUUUUGGUGAAUCUUAAUUUUUGUAUUUGCGCUUAUCUGUGGUUUUGUUACGAGAAUAAUACUAUUUUCUCUGUGUAAUAAAACAAAAUAACAUUGCAUA